GCGGCUCGCCCCCCGCCGAUGAGCCGCCGCGGCGCGCGGGCGGACGAUGGAACUCCACAUCCUGGAGCACCGGCUGCAAGUUGCCAGCGUCGCCAAGGAGAGCAUCCCGCUCUUCACCUACGGCCUCAUCAAACUUGCCUUCCUGUCCUCCAAGACCAGGUGCAAGUUCUUCAGCCUAACCGAGACGCCGGAGGAUUACACCAUCAUUGUUGAUGAGGAGGGGUUCCUAGAGCUGCCCUCCUCAGAGCACCUGAGCGUGGCGGACGCCACCUGGCUGGCCCUGAACGUGGUGUCAGGCGGGGGCAGCUUCUCCAGCUCACAGCCCAUUGGCGUGACCAAGAUUGCCAAGUCGGUCAUUGCCCCGCUGGCCGACCAGAACAUCUCCGUGUUCAUGCUCUCCACCUACCAGACGGACUUCAUCCUGGUACGCGAACGGGACCUGCCCUUUGUCACACACACCUUGUCAUCAGAGUUCACCAUUUUGAGAGUCGUCAAUGGCGAGACGGUAGCAGCUGAGAACCUCGGCAUCACCAAUGGCUUCGUAAAGCCCAAAAUGGCCUCAGCACCCGCUCUCUUUGCUCUCGCAGUCCAGAGGCCUGUCAUCCACCCUCUGUCCAGCCCAAGCAAUAGGUUCUGUGUCACCAGCCUGGACCCUGACACGCUGCCUGCAGUUGCCACGCUCCUCAUGGACGUCAUGUUCUACUCCAACGGGGUGAAGGACCCCAUGGCUGCCGGUGAGGACUGUGGCCACAUCCGCUUCUUCUCCUUCUCCCUCAUCGAGGGCUACAUCUCCCUGGUGAUGGACGUACAGACCCAGCAGAGGUUCCCUAGUAAUUUGUUGUUCACAAGUGCAUCUGGAGAGCUCUGGAAAAUGGUGCGGAUCGGAGGACAGCCCCUGGGAUUCGAUGAGUGUGGCAUCGUGGCCCAGAUCUCCGAGCCCCUGGCCGCCGCGGACAUCCCCGCCUACUACAUCAGUACUUUCAAGUUCGACCACGCGCUGGUACCGGAGGAGAACAUUAGCGCCGUCAUCAGCGCCCUGAAAGUCAGCCAAGCAGAGAAGCAUUAGGAGGGCCUCUCCCGCUCCUCCCUUCCUGCCCCCCAGACCCGGGCCCGGCCCCCACCCUGAAGAUUCUUCUCGCAGUAUUUCUCACAGACUGGAAAAUCGGCCCCAGGGUCCCCAAGAAGGGGCCUCCGGGAGACACCCCCAGUUGCUCCCCCUGCCAGGCCUGGGGCCCGAGCUGAGGCCUCCCCGUGCCCUCCUGCCUUCCUGGAGGCCCCAGGCCCUCCAGAAGACCCCAACCUCCUCCUCACCCCACCCCUACUCCAGGAAACGAUGUCUGAGGCCCCGGGAGCUGGCGAGCCCGCCCGCCUUCCCAUCUGGCCUUGCCCACAGCUGGGGGCAGAUGCUGAAGGAAGCAGGUGCCUCCUGCCAGACCGUGGUGUUCUGACUCUCGUGUCAUCUCGGGGAACUGGCCGAGCGGGGCUGAGUUCGCGGAGCCCGGGGCGGCCCCCGUGAGGACCUGGGGCUGGACGUGUGGUCGCUGGUCUCUGGUUCCAUCAGCUCCGGGCUGGUUCCCGCCGAGUGGAGGCCAGUGGGCGGCCCUCGGGCCACAUGCUGGGGAGGCUUUGCCGAGCACGGCGGGAGGGGAGGCCUGAGCUGGGGAGGACCCGCGCCACCCAGAAUUUCGCCUGCCAUCCACAGGGCCUGCGCCCCGACUCCCAGCAAGACUGCCAAGGGGGCCCUGUCCAGACGCCCCCCGCCGUAAGCACUCACUCCUGGGGGUGGUUCCCAGGAAACCCACCAGCCUGGGGCACAAGCUCCCAACCCCUCUUGCUGUCCCGGGACCCUCCUUGGGCAAGCGGAGCCUUGGUUUCCCCCGGGUGGGGGCAUCCUCAGCAUUCUGGACCUGGGGUUUCUUGGGUCACCCCCACCCCCAGCAGUUGACUAGACCAGCACAGGGCUCCCCUGUUAUCCUGCCCCCCCCCCGCUCCCCUGCCCCACUUGUGGGGGAUGUGGAAGGCCUCUGCCCCCGACUCACCUGCCUGCCUGCCCCUCAGCUGGGGCCUGUGGCACUCAUGAGUACUUGACCUGGGGGGCAGCUUAUCUGAGCCUUAAUAGAGAAAACUGUACCGUACGUUUUAGUUUCUUAUUUAAUAUAUUUGCGCCCAGGCUGUGGUCGGCGGCAGUUUCAGGGGACGGGGCCUCCUGAGUUCUCUCGGGGGCCCAGAGGCUCAGCAUCAUUCGGCUGGCACCCUGUGGCUGCAGGGACCAGCAGGAGAAUCGGGUGGUGUCGUAGAUUCUUGGAGCAGGAAGCUGGCAGCAGAGGUCUGUCACGAGACAGGGGUCCCCCAGGGCACCCCAUCCAGAGCCAUACAAGCCCCACGGACAAGUGCCCAGGCCGCCGUGGUUCUCUCUGAACAUCAGAGGGGAUCCGCAGGCCACAGGGCGGUGGGCAGCCAGGCGGCAGGCAGGCUGCGGCAGUCUCGUACCCCUGCAGGCCGAGCAGGGAGCAUGGGGUGAAGCCCGCAUGUCCUCUGCAGCUGGGGCUGGACCGGGGGGUCCCCAGCGGCUCCUGCCUCCCCUGGUGCUCUUUCUCAGGCUGACUUGCGCUGUUCCUGAGAAGCUCAGAGGAGAAAGGCUGUUCUCCUAGUAGGUGAGGGGCUUGUGUGAGCCCCAUGCCCCCCUUCUCCCAGCGUUGUGGGACCAACCCUCCAAGCCCCGGAAGCCCACCAGACGGAAGAGCCGCGGGUCUGGAUCCUCACAGACGCUCAGGACCCAAGCACUGAUUAGGAACCCACUUUUUUUUUUUUUUUUAAGUUAACUAAUUUUGCACAAAACUCCCAAGCAACCAAAACGCGUCCACUGUUUGCUGGCCGAGCGGGCAGGGAAGCGCCGAAGCCCUGAGUCCCCUUCGUCUCCUCGGAAGGCCUGGGUUUUCCGUGGCGUGCCCCUCCAGACUCCUCCCUGUCGGGUCCCCGGUGGUGUCACCUCUCCGCCCUCCCUCCCUGCCGACCCAGCCUGUCGGCCCCAUGACCCCAGAGACGUGUGCUACCCAGACCCCCCCAAACGUAUCUAUUGUACACACUUAUAAAUACCUGUGUUUUAUGUUGAUAUAGAUAUAUACUGUAAAUAGCAUAUAUACUUGAGCAAUAUAUAUGUUAAUAUAUACUGUGUGAGCACGCACACGCGUGUGUGCACAGUCCAUGGACGCAGACCCCACUGUGUGUGCACGUGUGUGGGCGUGAGGGCCUCCGCCCGCUGGGCCUGCUGUGCACGCAGGCACCAUUUGAGCCACCGUAUAUUUUUAAUUCAAGUAUAUAGGCAAUACAUUAUUAGAGAAGCCCUGACUUGAGAGAAAAAAACCAGCAUCCCAAGAGCAGAGCCCCAGGGCCCCCCCAAGCCUCCCCUGGAAGUGGAUCCAGCCUCAUUUCUGUGGCCAAGGCUCCCGGAACACCCUCGUUUGCCCUGGCGGACAGGGGUACAGAGGGAGGGGCGUAGGAAUCCCGUCUUGCUCUGGAGCAGAAAGGCCCUCUUCCCGUUGCCCUGAGCCCAAGGACCUGGGCAGGUGGUCCCCGUCCAGCUCUCCACCCGGAGCCCCCAGAGCCCCACGUGGCUGUUCCUGCAUCUUUCUCACCCGCAAGCUUAGAGACCUCAGGUUCUUUUCCCAGGCCUCCUCUUGGAGAUCGGCCCCAUCCAACCAGGAGGAGAAGGCCCGAAGCCCGUGCCCUCACGUCCAGGAGUGGCUGUGGCUAGGGCUGGGCCUGGGCAGGAGCUGCCACCUGGGUCUUCUGGUCCCCAGCUUCCCCUCCCACUGCGCGUCUGUGACGAAUGUAGUCAUAGGUUUGGUUCUAGGCAAGAUGCCCCCCCUCCACGUUGCUGGGUGCAGGGGGUCUCCAGACCCCCUCCAGAGAGGCCUGAGGAACGUGCCGUCGUGGCCUGCGGUUGUCUUGGCUCUGGCUGGGGAGGCAUGUGGCCGGGGCAGAGAAAUGGGGUUCCUGAGGGAGGCAGCUGAGGGGUGGGGGUGAGCGGCGGCCCUGGGCCUGCUGCCUGGGCCCUGCGGGUGCAUCUUUGCCUCCGUACCGCGUGGGAAGAGCUCACACCCGCUCCUGCGCACUACAGAGGGGAUGGCGAGGGGGCGCAUGACCACCCCCUCCAACCUCACGCCUGGUUGUUAAGAUCUGUGUCCGUGGCUGAGGCCUCCGCAUGGGCUCCUCUGGUUCCCGAGAAGCACCUUCCUGUCUCCCUUGGCACCCCUGUCCCGACCCGCAGGGAUGGGCAGUGCCCGCUCUGUACCUCCGUCCUCCACGGGGGUCUCCGGGCACAUGACUUCCAUCCCAGCUGGAGAGCUGUGCGGACCCCCCGGCCCAGGAUUCAGGGGGUCCGGAGUCUCCCAAGCACCAGCAUUCUCCCCUUGCCAAGGCCUUGGUGACCAGCAUGGUGUCCGGAAGAAAACACGUGGUCCAGGGAGGCUUGUGCCCCGUGAGGUGACAGGAUGACCCGGAGGUCAGGAGAGGAGGCUCUGGUUGGACGGCAGGGUGCGGCCCCCGGUCCCGAGCCAAGGACACCACUGGCCUGAGAGUCCAAGAUGCACCUGCCCGCCCACCGCGAGCGGCCCCUCCUGGCCGCAUUUCUCAGGCUGACUGAGGAGGCCCCGGGCCACCUCGCUGGGCCUCUGGACCUGGACGUGGGGACGCCCUGGGCCCUGCCCAGCCAGGGCUAAGAGGGACCCUGUGGGUCUCCCGGGUGACGGCACAGCGCUCCCGUGCUCUGACCCCGGGGUCCCUGGUGCCGUCCUGAGUGAACUCUGAGGGGUGGUCGAGAGAAGCCCCCCAGUGGAUCUGUGUGCCCCUGCGAGCCGGGGCCACUGGGAAACGAGGCAGGCAUUUGGCUUGGGGAGCAGAGCUCGGGGCGGGGGAGGAGGAUGGUGUCCGUCCGUUUCCCCCACAAACGCGAGCGCCGGCUUUUCAGGUUUCCGCAGAGCUGUGCUGAGGGAGGGCUCGGCCUGGAGGGGGCAGGCGCCCUGGCUUCCAGGAGGCGGCGGGAGGCGGCCGGUGGCUGCGGUGCGUCCGGCCGGCGAGCGCGGUGGGCAGCGCGGUGGGCGGCGAGGCCCGGCGGCCCCGGGCGCUGCGCCCUCUGGCUACGUACCUAGUCCGAGUCUCCGAGCUCAUCCCAGCUUCUUUCUUCUGUUUUCGAAUUAGAGGCAAUCAAAGGGCAAGUGUCCUUGUCCCUCCUCCCGUUUCCUUGGACGCUGGGAGGAGGCCACGGGGUGGGCUGUGCGGCCUUCAGCCUUGGCGUCCAUGCCGUCCUGGGAGGCCUGCCCUGGGGAGGAGGAGGGCCAGGCGGGGCCGUGCCGAGGCAGGGGGUCGGGGCUGGGGGGCGCUGGGAGUCAGGACGGGGUCGUGCUUGGCUAUGAGCCUGUGUACACAUACAUGUGUGAGUUCAGUAUUUUGAGGCCUCGGGAGCAUUGUCACCUGUGGGCCACGUGCAGUAGGGUUGACUGUGGGUGGGAGGCCUCGCACGCAGGACCCCCCCACCUCUCCAGAGUUUGUUAAAGCUGCUCUGAAGGGACAGUGGUGUCCCUGGCGGAGUCUCUGCUGUACCACACAGAGGCCUGGCAGCCCCAGGGGGUGAGCCCAGCCGAGCCAACUCUUCAGAAGCAUCCAGUCCUGAAGACAGUAUUCACGGGGAGAGGUUUCAGGGGCUGGCGCCCUCCCAGCGACUCGUGCUCAUCUGCAAAGAGCAUGGUGGAUGAAAAACGGGGCCCGGUUUGGGUUCCAAGAUAAGAGGUCAAGCCCAGUGCGUUUUCCUGUCCUCUGCCUCAGUUUACCUAUUCAGAAAAUGGCCCAGGAGGAACUAAGCAGGGUUAAUUCCAAAACUGGGGGGGGGGGGGGCGGCAAGGGGCUGAUGACAAACAGAAUCCCAAGUCCUCCUCUUGCUCUAUGCCAAACUUAUUUCCGUUAUCCUGAGAUGGGGGUGAGUGGACGUCGGGUGCGUUAUGGGGCUCUGAGGGGCCUCUGCCCUGCCCAGGGCCUCGCCUGGGGUCCGGCCCUCACCUGGCAUGCCCCAGGUCACCAGCAGUAGCAGCAGUGGCACUUACAUCUGUCCCAAGGUAUGGGCGAGGGGGAGCACGGGGCCCCCCUGACGCCCCAAGGCCCUCACGCUUCUACCCUCUGUGUUGAAGACACACAAAACCCUCGAGAUUCAUGUACUGUAUGACGGAGAGAAAAAAAGUACCUAAUGUUCCCCAAAAAAGACAGUAUAUUUUGUACUUUGUAAAGUGUUAAUUAAAAUGGAGACAAAAAUGGA